AUGCACAGAUUAUGCUGGUUCCUGAUACAGGAUGGCCCUUUUGGAUCUUGUGAAAAUAAAUACUGUGGAUUGGGAAGGCAUUGUGUUAUCAGCAGAGGGACUGGUCAAGCAGAAUGUGUCUGCAUGGACCACUGCAAACCACACUACAAACCUGUGUGUGGAUCUGAUGGAGAAUUCUAUGAAAACCACUGUGAAGUGCACAGAGCUGCUUGUCUGAAGAAACAAAAGAUUACCAUUGUCCAUAAUGAAGACUGCUUCUUUAAAGGAGAUAACUGCGAGGCCACUGAAUACAGCAAGAUGAAAAACAUGCUUUUAGAUUUACAAAAUCAAAAAUAUAUUACACAAGAAAAUGAAAAUCCUAACGGUGAUGACUUAUCUCGGAAGAAGUUGUUGGUGGAUCAAAUGUUUAAAUAUUUUGAUGCUGACAAUAAUGGACUUAUAGAUAUUAAUGAACUAACUCAGGUGAUAAAACAGGAAGAACUUAGCAAGGAUCUUUCUGAAUGCACUUUGUAUGAUCUACUGAAAUAUGAUGAUUUUAAUGCUGAUAAACACCUGGCUCUUGAGGAAUUUUAUAGAGCAUUCCAGGUUAUCCAGUUGAGUUUGCCUGAAGAUCAGAAACUCAGCAUUACGGCAGCAACUGUGGGACAAAGUGCAGUUCUGAGCUGUGCCAUUCAGGGGUCCCUGAGGCCCCCCAUCAUCUGGAAAAGAAACAAUAUUAUUCUAAAUAAUUUAGAUUUGGAAGACAUCAAUGACUUUGGAGACGAUGGGUCUUUGUAUAUUACUAAGGUUACCACGACUCACAUGGGCAAUUACACCUGCUAUGCAGAUGGCUAUGAACAAGUCUUUCAGACUCAUAUCUUCCAAGUGAAUGUUCCUCCAGUAAUUCGGGUGUAUCCAGAAAGCCAGGCGAGAGAACCUGGGGUAACUGCAAGUCUCAGGUGUCAUGCAGAAGGCAUCCCAAACCCUCAGCUUGGAUGGCUGAAGAAUGGAAUUGAUAUUACACCAAAACUGUCCAAACAACUUACACUUCAAGCAAAUGGCAGUGAAGUUCACAUAAGCAAUGUGCGCUAUGAAGAUACAGGAGCAUACACUUGUAUUGCUAGGAAUGAAGCAGGUGUGGAUGAAGACAUUUCCUCUCUUUUUGUGGAAGAUUCUGCCAGAAAGACCCUAGCUAACAUAUUAUGGAGAGAAGAAGGUCUUGGAAUUGGGAACAUGUUCUAUGUUUUUUAUGAAGACGGAAUAAAAGUGAUUCAGCCUAUUGAAUGUGAAUUUCAGAGACACAUUAAACCCAGUGAAAAGCUCCUUGGGUUUCAGGAUGAAGUCUGUCCUAAAGCUGAGGAAGAUGAAGUUCAGAGGUGUGUGUGGGCCUCAGCUGUAAAUGUCAAAGACAAGUUCAUAUAUGUUGCACAGCCGACUUUGAACAGAGUCCUUAUUGUGGAUGUGCAGUCCCAAAAAGUUAUUCAGGCAGUGAGCACAGACCCUGUCCCUGUUAAAUUACACUAUGACAAAUCACAUGAUCAAGUCUGGGUGCUAAGCUGGGGUACCAUGGAAAAGACUUCUCCAACACUACAGGUAAUAACGCUGGCGACAGGAAAUGUGCCUCACCACACCAUCCACACCCAGCCAGUGGGGAAGCAGUUUGACCGAGUAGAUGACUUUUUCAUUCCUGCCACAACUCUCAUCAUCACUCACAUGAGGUUUGGAUUUAUUCUCCAUAAAGAUGAAGCUGCACUCCAAAAAAUUGAUCUUGAAACCAUGUCAUACAUCAAGACAAUUAACUUGAAGGACUACAAGUGUGUUCCUCAAUCUUUGGCAUAUACACACUUGGGAGGAUACUACUUUAUUGGAUGCCAGCCGGACAGCACUGGAGCAGGUCCACUACAGCUCAUGGUGGACAGUGUAACUGACUCAGUCCUUGGCUUCAAUAGUGAUGUGACAGGCACUCCAUAUGUCUCUCCAGAUGGGCACUAUCUUGUCAGCGUUAAUGAUGUCAAAGGCCUUGUGAGGGUCCAGUACAUUACUAUCAGAGGAGAAAUCCAAGAGGCUUUUGAUAUUCACACAAAUCUGCACAUAUCUGAUCUGGCAUUUCAGCCGUCCUUCACAGAAGCCCACCAGUACAACAUCUACGGUAGUUCAAGCACACAAACGGAUGUGCUCUUUGUAGAGCUGGCCUCUGGAAAAGUCAAGAUGAUAAAGAGCCUUAAAGAACCGCUGAAUGCAGAAGAAUGGCCUUGGAACCGGAAGAACAGGCAAAUCCAAGGCAGUGGCUUGUUUGGUCAAUACCUGAUGACCCCUUCCAAGGACUCUCUCUUUAUACUAGAUGGACGACUCAAUAAGUUAAACUGUGAGAUCACUGAAGUUGAGAAAGGAAACACAGUCAUUUGGGUUGGAGAUGCCUAGGAGUCCUAGUAGAUGAUUAUUGGAUGAAGGGUUUUCCAGUACAUUGCACUUAAUCCAUUCUUCAAAUUUACAGCUUAACUUUUCAAGUUUAUAGCCUAGUCAAACAUAAGUUACUUGGUUGGCCCAAAUAAAAUAGUUUUUUUUGUUUGUUUGUUUUGUUUUGUUUUGUUUUGGCAAAGAGACAUGCCCAAUUAGUAAUAUUGGUUGGCUAGAAACAUAAAACACAGUUUUAAUAAGAAAAUGCAUCAACCACAAGAAUCAAAUAUAGAAUUAUGUUGAAGUCAAUAAAAUAGAAAUUUAAAUACUUACAAAAUAACUGCAGGGAAAUACAGAUGACUUUUAGUAUUGCUUCAUUUUGAGGGUAGCUUAUCUAUUUUUUUUUUUUCUCUGUCCUUUUGGUAUGCUUAAGCCAGAAAUAAAAGGAAUUGCAGAACCUCAAGAUUGUUAAUUCAAAAUAUUCUGUCCCAUUCACUGUUAAUAAUCUUUUGUGCCUUGAAAGGAAUGUCACAAGGGGAAAAAGGAAGGCUAAAAGCUGCAUAUCGACACCCUCCUAACUAUAAAUAUCUUAUCUUUCAAGGAGAGAAAUUUAAUAUCUCUUGCACCAAUUCCUGCCUUCACUCAUUUAUUAAACCCUUAGUGAAAUAUCAUUUGAAGGCUUAAAUUGGCCUUACGUUGUAUACAAAUGACAAACUCUAUUUGACACAUAUACUGUAUAAUCUGCAGCUUGCUAUGGAAAAUGGGGAGGAGGAAAGGAAAAAUAAUUACGGUGAAAUGUUUGCAAUGUAUUCUCUAUUAAUUUUGCUUUUAGUCACUAGAUUGUGUUAUUUUUUUGUAAUGCAAGUUUGUCUGGAAUGUCAACUGCUUACAGAUAUUUAUUAUUACCAGAACAGAUUUUUUUUUCCCUUUUCAUGUAGUCCAGUAUUGCAUCAGAAGAAUUUUUUUAUUCUAAAAAUGUAACAGCAUUUGUAUCUGCUUAGACUAAAACCACAUAUAGGUAAGUUAACAACACAGAGAGAAAGCUGGCUAAAGAAUUGAUGAAUAUUAGUAGUUUAGGAAAAUUACUAACAAGAAAGGAAUAAGAGAACAGUCCCACAGUGGAGAGUAAAGAGAGACUUCCCCAAUUGCCUUUGCUAUUUAAAUAUAACCCAUCAACAAACUUCAUUUCUUAAUAACUUUCCUUAAUGACUUCUGUUCAAAUCCUGCAUAAUCCUUAAAUGACCCUCUCACUAACUGUGUGCUGUAGUUCCAAAUUUAACUAAUCCUCUUAUAUGAGACACUGCAGAGAAGUAAAAAAUGAUUGCUUCUUAAAAAAAAAAAAAAAAGAGGGGGGUGCAAAGAAAAAGCCAGUAGAAGUGGAUUAAAUCUGGAGUUGGUUUAUUGAAAUAAGCAGAUAAUUACCAGGCUUAAAGUAAUAGCCUACAUGUUUUGAGAAUCUUUUACUUAUUUUUGUUUUAUUGUUACUAAAAUUGCUAGUGGCUGUUGAAAUGACCUCCAUUUACUGAAGGUAAUCCAAUAAGGUCUUUUUUAAAUACAAAUUUUAUUCAAGUAAAUUGUGUAAAACUGCUUAGAAAACUGAAAUUUUAUAGUGUGUAAUAUCUUAUGUGUAUAUAGCAUCCUGAGCUGUGUGAUACAGUAGAUUUCUUCUUAGCUUAAAACAAAAUGGGACGUAGAUUUAAUAAACAAGAAGACAGCUUAUGUUUCUACUUAUUGAAUCUGCUUUCCUUUCUAGCAGUUUUUUCCCUUGUGAUCAUGAUCCAUAUAAAGUUCCUGUGACCUAACGAUUUAAUGUAAGUCUCUCUCAUUCAUUCCUCUUUGGUAGCCUACACCUUGUGGAUGCUCUGUCUGUAGACAUUGCUUGAUAAAAGGAGAAUAAACCUCUUACAUUUUAACACUUGAGAUUCAAUGGUUUAAUGUGCAAACCAGUGUUUUGUUUUAUUUUGGUUGGGUUUCGUUUUCUUCCUAGUGAUUUUAGUCUGGUGCUGUGCAUUAUUUUGAAAGUUUUCGCAUUGAGAGGAUGUAAAAAGCAAGUUUAGUGACAUCAAUCACGAAAAGAAAUUUACCUUUUACCUUUUUAGAUCAAAGUUGCUGUUUCUUCAUAUUUGCUAUUUAAAUCGAGCAGUUAUUCUUUUAAAGGUGUCAAUUUCUUUAGAAUACUUUCUUGAGUAUUAAAGGAAUAUCGAAAUUUAUGGACUAUAGACUCGUGUCUAUUAUAUGUGCAUUUCUCGGCACACACUAGGGAGGAUACUAAUUUAUUGGCUGCACUGGAACAAUUUUGUCACACUUAAGGUGAACAGAAAAAAAUACACGUUUCU